GACCGCGAUAUUACUAUAUUAGUUUUCAUCUUAAUAUUAUUUUAUUGUUAUUGUUGAACAUCGUUAAAAAAUUAUAAGUCAAUGUCCAUUGAAGAUACUUGUGAUAUAAUAUAGAUUGACAUCUACCACCAAAAAAUAACUUUUUUAUGGGAUCAUUUUGACAAUAAAAAGAAAAAAUUGUAUUUCACAUCCAAAAUGUCAGUUGCUAAAAAAAAUACUGAAAUCAAUCUGUUCUCUAAACCAAAAUCUCUUGAGCAUGUUUUAAUGUAACUAUCCAUGGAAAAUUUUAGAUCUUGCAAUUGGUAUUCAGAUGAAAAUAUACCCAGGUAUAACAAUGAAGAACGGUGCUAUCCACAUAAUCUUAUUUCUAGUAGAAAAUAUAAAGAAAAAAUAAGGAUGGCAUAUAAUGAUCUAAAUAAUUGUCAUGUUAAACAUGCUGUACAAUCUGAAUACAUGAUUCGAAUGUCCCCAAUUGAUAAACUCAUUGCAGAAAAUAAGAAAAAAAUGAGUAAUUGUUCCUUAGUGGUAUGCAAUGCUAACUUCCUUAAAGAAAAAGCAAAUAGAUCAGCUAGAAAUAAAGAAGUUAAUCAAGCAGAACAGCGCCUUAACAAUUUAAGUGAUACUCCUGAGAUUGAUAAAUCAUUGAGAAACUUAAUUUCUAAUGAACCAAGUAGGCUUACUCGAAGCACAUCUAAAAGAACACCAGAUAAAGUCAGUAAAGAGGAGUGUAAAAAUAAAAAAAAACUAAGCAUACAAUCUUCUGAUUUUGAAAUUGAUUUUAGUAAUGAUGGAGUUGACAAAACUUACUGUGAUAUUUCUUUAAACAUGCUUAGUAAAGAUUUUGAAGCAAAUGAUUUUCAUAAAAAUGACAGUAAUCAUGUGGAUUUUGAUUCUACAAAACAAGAUUCUUCCUCAGAAACAUUAAAUAAUUCCACAGACUCUUCAGAAGUACACAAUAGAUUAAAUAAUACUCAAACUUCAAAUGAAAAUUUACUGAGUAAAAUAGAUAAUGACUUUUGCGAACGACCAUCACCUGUGAAGUCUCCUGAUAAAACCUUACCAGUUUUACGAUUAGUUACUCCAAAGCUAUUAGUUAAAUCGUCUGCUUAUCUUACUUUGUCUGAAAACAAACUUUCAAAAUUAGAAACACCUUGUGAUGUUAAAUAUUUAAAUGAUUCUGAAACGCUGAUUGAUUCAGUACCUAAAAAAUAUAUUGAUGAAACUUAUUUAAACCGAAAAUUGAAAAAUGAGUCAACAGCCUCUAGGCAAGAAGAACAAUUGAAUUUUGAUGUUAAGUCAUUAAUUGAUUCAGAAAGUAAUAUUAAACACAACAAAACAAAUGUAAGCCAAAUUUUACAAAAUGAAUCAUCAAUAACCACGGAAGCUGAAAAAUUGAAUGAAACUAAAGUACCUAUUAAUUUAGCAUCCAAUAAUAAUAUUAAUGAAAUUAAUUUAGGCCAAAUUUUGAAAAAACAUUCAUCAAUUUCCAAGCAAUCUACUACUACGCCAGAAUUGGAUAGAAAUGCCAUUCGGCGAAAAGCUACUUAUUUGUCUGCACUAGAUUUAGUACCAGCUGAUAAAAUUCAAAACAUAAAUAACAGCAAUGAAAAUAGAUUAUCACCAAAUAAAUGCUCAAUUCAAACCAAGGCACCAAUAGCAACUGUUGAUGAUAAAUUUGAAGAAGAUUCAUCCCGAUCUAGUUCAGACAAUUUGAGGCGGUCAUUUUUAUUAGAAUAUUCAAGUGAUAAAAAUGAUAACCCGAAACAUACUGCAGUACCUAUAUUAAUACCAGAACGAACGUCUGGAUCUUCGUUUCAUCCUGGCCGUACUUGCAUGCAUAAAUGUAGCUACUGUCAUGGAAAAUUCGGAUUAUUAGAUACACCUUGUCAUAUUGCACAAAUAAAGAGUUCAGAAAAACAAAUAGCAUGUUUAGAGAAUGUUACUCAUUUAAUUGGACCGGACUCGUGUCUGUGUGAUACUUGUUUUCGUACUAUUGAAAAACGAAGUGGGAAAAAAUCAAUACAACAAAGUGGUUGCAUUGUUGUGGGUUGUGUGCGACAAGCAUCAAAUAACUUUAAGUCACAAUGGAUAGAAAAAGUAAAAAAAUUGCUUGGAAGAAUUGGAAUAGUUUUUCAAGAUUGGCAGCAAAAGACAGAACUUCCUAUUUGCAGCGUUCAUCAUGACGAUGUUAUGAAUGUAAGUCAAUGCCAGUUGUGUGGAAAUCGUGCGCUACUAAAAUUUGAACUAAUAAGAGAUGAGCGCCAAAGGUUUCAACAAAUUCUCGAUGAAGAUCAAAUAGCAUUUAAACUUCACCAAGAUUUGUUCAUUUGCAAACCUUGUCGUGUGUAUUUGAUUUGGCGUACUACUAAAAAUAUAGAUACUGAUGAUCGACCUGACUUUAUAGUGCUUCGUGAUACAGUUAUAAAAAGAAUUUGUAUGCGAAAUGGUUAUAAAUUCCCUUCAUAUGUUAAAGACGAUAAACCACUACCAUCGAAAAGAAUACGUGCAAGAAAAAUUGCAAUGAAUCGUGCAGCAGAAUCUGUUUCUAAACAACCACCAAUUGAGAAUAAAAAUGAUGUAAAUAAUUGUAAAGAAAUACCUGCAGUACCAUUAAUUUCUUCAAAAUCGAAAUCUAUUAAUGAUAAUCAGAAUCCAAAGAAACCAAUAGCCACACAUGUAGCUUAUAUUGAUGAAGAUACAUAUGAACUUUUCAAUGAACUUCAAAAGCCGUAUGGUAAUUCUAUAGAUUUAGUAAACCAUUUGAUUGCUGUAGAGAAAGCUAAAAUUGAUGGUCAUUUAGUAUUAGCUGAUAAUAAUGAAAAAGAAAUGCAGACAGACGGUUUAAAAAAACAAGAAGAAAAUGACAAUGAAAGUAUAGUAACUGUUUAUCCAACCAAUAAAGAGCAAUCUAAGGUAAAUUAUGGAAAACGUAAAAAUGAUAAUUCAGAUACUAAUACCCACUACUGUUCACUAAAUGAUGUUAAAAUGGUAUCGAACCCAAAAGUAUCUAAACUAAUAGCUGUUGAUGGUAUAAAUGCUAAAGAACUAGAAAUAUGUGAUCAAGAUGAACAAGAAAUUUCCAGAACAUUACAUUUUUCUAAGUAUGUUGAAUUACCAAAAAAUGAUGAUGAAAAUCCAUUAAAUGUUAGUGGUGGAAGUAAAGACUUGGUAACCGAAGAAGUAUUAGCUAACAAAAUUAACCAUCUUGCUAAGACCAAUAAUGAUAUUGGUAAAACUAAUAAUUUUAAACCAAUGAUUAUUAAUCAUUUAAAGAGUACUGGUGCAAGUAGUAAUAUUGUAAAACGUCUGCCUGAUUCUAAUCACUCAUUAGUGGUUUCUGACAAAAUUCCUUUAACAAAAACAAUUCCAGUCAACUCUAAUGUAAAAUUAUCUAUUAUGAAACCAAAUAAUGAUCAGGUAUCGGGUACUCAGAAAAUGUUUAGAAUUAUUAAUAAGAGUUUAACUUCUGAUGAAAUUCGUACAACAAUUACAAGUUCUACUCCCUCAAUGAAAAUGGAACAAAAUAAAAAAUCCUGAGUGACAUCUAUAUUGUACAUAGUAAUAUUAAAUGGUCAUUUGAUCUAUUGAUUCAUUAGAUGCAAUCACUUUUGUAAUUUUUUUGGAAUUAAAUUAAAUGUAACAUAUUAGUGUAAGUAAGUAAUGAUAAGGUUAUCAUUAUUGUUUAUUAUUUAAUACUAUGGGUAAUUAUUACUACUUAAAUAAUAUUCUGUUUUUGAAAAAAAAUGGAGUAUUUAAUUAUGCCUUUUUUAUUUUUUUACAACCUUGUUUACCUUAUUUGACUAUACAUUUGUUUUUAACUUUAGUGGUUUCAUUAUCAUUACUUUCCCUUAUUUAUUAUGUUGACU